ACAGGGCAGUAGGUUAUACUUCAAUUGGUGGAGCAACUGCCAAGCAGAGAGGAAGGAAGGAAGGAAGAAGGAAGAAAAGGAGAUAGAUCCAUGGCGUCUGCGGCAGGUUCGACUGCGGCUGUCCCCUUCUGGAGAGCGGCAGGCAUGACUUACAUCAGCUACUCCAACAUCUGCGCAUCCCUCGUUCGGAGUUGCCUCAAAGAGCCACACAAGAGCGAGGCCAUAAACCGUGAGAAAGUUCAUUUCGCCGUCUCCAAGUGGGCCGAUGGCAAGGCUGAGAAACCCACCCUUCGCUCAGAUACGCCUGGAGAAUGAAAGGAGAUGGGAGUGGCUUUCGUGUUUUAGAGGCAAUGCAAAUCUGUCUGUGUCUUCUUGGAUUGGUUGAUUUAUUUUCUUGGGAAUUUAAAAACAACACCUAUUUGUGAUUGGAAGGAUAGUGCAAUUGCAAUUGUAAUAAGACAAGUCAUGUUAGUCGUCUUACUUUUGAAUACAUUUUGCUUUUAGUCUCCUAAA